CCCUCCUCCAGCCUCCGUCUCUCCGCUAGGAUUCCCCAGGCCGGGUCGCCGGGGGCAGGCCGAGCGCCGCGGGAAGGGCACGCGCCCGGGAGCCGAGGACGCCCCGCGAGGUGCCGCGCGCCGCUGGGGAAGACACACGACAAGUCGCUCGCCCCCGCUGUCAGCCCAGCCCGGGACCGAGGCACGGCCGCUCACUUCCCCGGGGCCGCUCGCUCUCGGGGGCGGAGAUGUCAGCCGCGGGCUCGCGAGGCCUGCGGGCCACCUACCACCGGCUCAUGGAUCGAGUGGAAUUCAUGCUGCCGGAAAAACUGAGGCCCAUGUACAACCACCCCGCAGGCCCCAGAACAAUUUUUUUCUGGGCUCCAGUCAUGAAAUGGGGAUUGGUGUGUGCGGGGUUAGCAGACAUGGCCAGACCAGCUGAAAAACUCAGCACAGCUCAGUCGCUGGUCUUAACAGCCACAGGGUUUGUUUGGUCAAGGUACUCACUUGUAAUUAUUCCCAAAAAUUGGAGUCUCUUUGCUGUCAAUUUCUUUCUUGGGCUAGCUGGUACCUCGCAACUCUAUCGUAUUUGGAGAUACAACCAACAACUCAAAGCUAAAGCAAACCAAUAAGAGUUCCUGAUCCACCCAACAGUUGAAAUGUGGAGAUGGCUGCCGGGACCUCAUUUGAUCUAUUCUUUGGUUAUUCAUAAAGUAGUGUUGACUAUCCUUACACUGGGGAAAUAGAAAUAUUCUAAGUAGUCAAUGAGUUGAUUCUACAGGAAAAUAAAGCAACUGUUUAAUAAACAGUGUCUCUUUA